GGAGCUGAACCAGAGCCCUUCAGGAGGGAGGAGACUGUUCUCUUGGACACAGUUCCUCACGCCCCCACCAACAUGAUUUUCCCGUGGCGAUAGCCAGCACGUGCCAGUGCCUCCCGGAACUCCGAGGCCCGUUUGUGUUUACAGACUGCAGGCAGAGAUUUGAAUCAACCUGGAAAACUAGAAGUCAAUUUUAGUUCUCAAACUUUCCUGCCAAGAAGUUUCUCAUCUCUUUGACUUCGUCAGACCAUGGCUAAGUUCCUUCAGGAGCAUCUAGCCCCCCAGGCCCAGGAGAUUGAUCGAAGCAAUGAAUUCAAGAACCUUCGAGAGUUUUGGAAGCAGCUGGGGAACCUGGGAGUCCUGGGCAUCACAGCCCCUGUCCAGUAUGGCGGUUCUGGCCUGGGCUACCUGGAGCAUGUGCUAGUGAUGGAGGAGAUAUCCCGAGCUUCUGGAGCAGUGGGACUCAGUUAUGGUGCUCACUCCAACCUCUGCCUCAAUCAAAUUGUUCGCAAUGGAAAUGAGGCCCAGAAGGAGAAGUACCUCCCCAAGCUGAUCAGUGGCGAAUACAUCGGAGCCCUGGCCAUGAGUGAGCCCAAUGCUGGCUCUGAUGUUGUCUCCAUGAAGCUAAAAGCAGAAAAGAAAGGAGAUCACUACAUCCUGAAUGGCAACAAGUUCUGGAUCACCAAUGGCCCCGAUGCCGAUGUCCUUAUUGUCUAUGCCAAGACAGACCUGGCUGCUGUACCAGCUUCUCGGGGCAUCACAGCCUUCAUCGUGGAGAAGAGUAUGCCUGGCUUCAGCACCUCCAAGAAGCUGGACAAGCUGGGGAUGAGGGGCUCUAACACCUGUGAACUAGUCUUUGAAGACUGCAAGGUUCCCGCUGAAAACAUCCUGGGCCAUCUAAGUAAAGGCGUCUAUGUGCUGAUGAGUGGGCUGGACCUGGAGCGGCUGGUGCUGGCUGGUGGACCCCUGGGGCUCAUGCAGGCUGCCCUGGACCAUGCCAUCCCCUAUCUGCAUGCUAGGGAAGCCUUUGGCCAGAAGAUCGGUCACUUCCAGCUGAUGCAGGGGAAGAUGGCCGACAUGUACACCCGCCUAAUGGCAUGUCGGCAGUACGUCUACAAUGUCGCCAAGGCCUGCGAUGAGGGCCACUGUACCGCCAAGGACUGCGCAGGUGUGAUUCUUUACUCAGCUGAGUGCGCCACACAGGUGGCCCUGGAUGGCAUUCAGUGUUUCGGUGGCAAUGGCUACAUCAACGACUUUCCCAUGGGCCGAAUUCUGCGAGAUGCCAAGCUGUAUGAGAUUGGAGCUGGGACCAGUGAGAUCAGGCGACUGGUCAUUGGCAGAGCCUUCAAUGCAGACUUCCACUAACCCCAACAGCUUCACCCUUCUUCCCAGCACCUAGAGGCCUUUUUUUUUGGAAGCAGAGGUGUGGCAAGUCCUGCUGCUUAGCUGCCAAGCACUGUGGGCCUCAGAGCCAGAACAGCCAGCCAGCCCGCCAGCCCAGAAAAAAAAGCAUUCCGUGGCUUAAAAUGGACAUGACAGGAAGCAUAGUGGCUUUUCUGGGGUUAUUGGGAUGGGCUUUGGUGAUCCUGUGCAUUUGCUCUCUGACUUCCAAGCCUGAUAUACCCACCUUCCAGGGUGGUCACGUGGUGGGUGGGUAGGCAGUCACCUCUUUUUCUUGGAUGAGCAUCUGGCAGGGAGCCCCCUGCUCAUCUGCUUGAACUUGGUAUCCUCUUCCAGGGGGAAUUCCGCGCCCCCCCCCCCCCCGC